UCUGGGCCCACCACGACGGUCGCCAGCACCUCUGGUGCCACCACGAUGGUCACCAGCAGCUCUGGGCCCACCACUAUGGCCUCCAGCACCUCUGGGUUCACCACGACUGUCACCAGCACCUCUGCGCCCACCACGACGGUCGAUAGCACCUCUGUACCCACUACAAUGGUGACCAGCACCUCUGGGCCCAUCGCAAUAGUCACCAGCACCUCUGAGCCCACCACAACGGUCGCCAGCACCUCCGGGCCCACCACGACGGUCAGCAGCAGCUCUGGGCCCACCACAAUGGACACCAGCACCUCUGAACCCACAACGGUGACCAGCACCUCUGGGCCCACCGCAAUAGUCACCAGCACCUCUGAGCCCACCACAACGGUCGCCAGCACCUCCGGGCCCACCACUACGGUCAGCAGCAGCUCUGGGCCCACCACAAUGGACACCAGCACCUCUGAACCCACCACAACGGUGACCAGCACCUCUGGGCCCACCGCAAUAGUCACCAGCACCUCUGAGCCCACCACAAUGGUCGCCAGCACCUCCGGGCCCACCACGACGGUCACCAGCACCUCUGGGUCCACCACAAUGGACACCAGCACCUCUGAACCCACCACAACGGUGACCAGCACCUCUGGGCCCACCACAAUGGUCGCCAGCACCUCUGGGCCCACCACAAUGGCCACCAGCACCUCUGGGCCCACCACGACUGUCACCAGCACCACAGGGCCCACCACGACAGUCGACAGCACCUCCGGGCUCACCACGAAGGACACCAGCACCUCUGGGCCUACCACGACCGUCACCAGCACUACAGGGCCCACCACAAUGGUCGCCAGCAGCUCUGGGCCCACCACAAUGGCCGACAGCACCACUGCGCCCACUACGACGGUCACCAGCACCUCUGGACCCACGACAAAGGCGACCAGGCCCGCCACGACAGUCGCCAGCACCUCUGGGCCCACUACAACUGCUUCCAGCACCUCUGGGCCCACCUCGACACACCUCUGGACCAAUGACAACUGUCGCCAGCAGCUCUCGGCCCACCACAAUAGUCGACAGCAGCUCUGGGCCCACCGCGAUGGUCAGCAGCACUUCCGGGCCCACCACGACUGCCUCCAGCAACACUGGGCCCACGAUGAUGGUCAGCAGCACCACAGGGCCCACCACAAUGGCCACCAGCACCUCUGGGCCCACCGCGACAGUCACCAGCCUCUCUGGGCCUACCACGAUGGUCGCCAGCACUACAGGGCCCACCACGACGGUCACCAGCACCUCUGGACCCACCACGACCGUCACCAGCACCUCUGGGCCCACUACGAAGGACACCAGUACCUCUGGGCCCACCACGACAGUUGUCAGCACCCCUGGGCCCACCACGAUGGUGUCCAUUAG